AUGGCUGCGCCGUGGGAAGACGUGCUGCGGGACACCCCGGCCAUCCGGGAGGCAGCGGCCGUGGCCGUGGACGCGGCGCUCCUGGAGGGAGUGUUGAUGCGGACCGAGGGCGAACCCAACGCCUCGGAUGUGGUGAACUACGCUCCCUUCACGCUGCUGCCGUCCGCCGUGCCGCGUGCCCUGUUCGAGCAAGCCUAUGCUGUCCAGCAGGACUUCAACCUCCUGGUGGAUGCCAUCAGUCAAAACAAGGAGUUCCUGGAGCGUACCCUGGCCAGCACCAUCAAGGUAGAUGACUUCACAGCUCAGCUCUUCAGAAUCCACACACAAGUCUUGGAGGAAGGCUUGGCCCAGUCUGUGUUUCUAGGCAUCAACCGCUCGGACUACAUGUUUGACCGCGGGCCGGAUGGAGCAGCAGCUCUGAGGCAGAUCGAGAUAAACACCAUUGCUGCCAGCUUUGCAGGCCUCACCUCCCACACCCUGCCUGUCUACCAGAGGGUGCUGAAGGUGCUGGGAAAGUCCAAGGAGGCAUCACACCUGCUGCCCAACAACCCAGCCAAAGGGCUGGCCCUGGGCAUUGCCAAAGCCUGGGAGCUCUAUGGCUCUCCAAGUGCUGUGGUGAUGUUCCUGGUGGAGGCAGUCCAGAGGAACAUCUUUGAUCAACGCUGUGUGGAAAAUGAGCUUUGGAACAGGAACAUCCGGGUCAUCAGGAGGCGAUUCAGGGACGUGUUUGCCAAGGGCUGCCUGGGUGAAGGCAGGAGGCUGUACAUGGAUGGCCAGGAGGUGGCUGUGGUGUACUACAGAGAGGGCUACGUGCCAAAGAACUACGACCAGCAGAACUGGGAGGCAAGGCUGUUGCUGGAGAGAUCGAGGGCAGUCAAGUGCCCAGACAUUGCUACCCAGCUGGCAGGCACCAAGAAGGUCCAGCAGGAGCUGAGCAGGCCAGGGACACUGGAGAGCUUGCUGCCUGGCCGUGCUGAGGCUGUGGCUCGCAUCAGAGCUACCUUUGCUGGGCUCUACUCCCUGGACAUGGGCACAGAGGGUGACAAGAUAGCUGCCACAGCCAUCGCUGACCCUGACCGCUUUGUACUGAAGCCACAGCGAGAAGGUGGAGGGAACAAUCUCUAUGGUGAAGAGCUCAGGCAGGUUCUGGAGAAGAUCAAAGACAGCCCUGAGAGAACCUCCUACAUCUUGAUGGACAAGAUCAAACCACAGCCAGCACCGAAUUACUUGCUGAGGGCUCACAGCCCCCUGCGGCUGUCCGAGUGCAUCUCGGAGCUUGGCAUUUUUGGUGUCUAUGUCAGGCAGGGCAAGGAGAUGGUGAUGAACACUGCCCCUGGCCACCUGCUGCGGACCAAGGCCGUGGAGCACGCGGACGGUGGGGUGGCAGCAGGGGUGGCAGUGCUGGACACCCCUUACCUGGUGUGA